CGGAAGCACUUCCUCUUCACUUCAUUGCAGUUUCUUGAGAAGAGACGACUCCACCGUUCGAGACAAACAUGCCGGGCUUCCUCAGGACUCUCGCCAGCCGUGCUGCUCCGGCCCUGCGGUCCCAUGCCGUCACUCAGCGGGCGACUAUCUACUCCAGACCGGCCAAGGAAAAGAUCGGUCCCCUCGAGACUGUUAUUGGACUCGCCAUGUUCUCCGUGGCCAUCCUGGGCCCAUCUGGGUGGAUCCUGUGCCACCUGGAGGACUACAAGAAGAAAGAAUAAACGGAACAUUUUAACAGAUGCUGCCUGGUGUACACAGCGUCCUGUCUCCAGUGACCACCUGGGACCAUAACCAUCGAUGUUCAGCUGCAGACAAGAAUAUAGUUUUACCUCAUUCCUCCACCUAUCUGACUGUUCUACUCCAAAUCUCAGAUACACACCAACUGUUCAUGAAACAUUGAAUGGAACUUUUAAAGUUUUUAUUGUAUGAUUUCCCUGAUAAAGGAGUAUGUUACAAGAUUAAAUUUUAAACCCAG